AUGAUAUCCAAAUGGUCACUCUUAAAAGUAAUAUUAGUUUUAUUAUUUUUAAGGGUUGAAAUAUCAUUAGUUUCAUCACUUGAAAAUUCUAUAUCAAGUUCAUCAGCACCACCACCACCUUCACGGUUUAUAGAUGAUAAUAUAUAUGUAAAGAAUUGGGGAUUUGAAUUUGGAGAUUAUGAAUGGGCGGGUGACACCGAUUCCGUAAUUGAAUAUGAUGGAGUUGGUUCAUAUCAUUUAUUAGGUUUGGCUAAAUUUGGUUUUAAUAUUGACGGAGAACAAUUUAUAGAACAAUUUGUAUUUAUUCCAAAAAUAAAUAAUACUGAACAAUUAAAAUUUCAAUUUAGUAUAUUAUUUCCAAGAAUUAAUUCAUCAUCUUCAUCAACAUCAGAAUCAUCAUCAUCAUCAUCAUCAUCAUCAUCAUCAUCAUCAUCAUCAUCAUCAUCAUCAUCAUCAUCAUCAUCAUCAUCAUCAUCAUCAUCAUCAAAUUUAUCAAUAGAAUCAAUUCAAUUUAUUAUUCAAUUAGAUAAUAUUACAUUAUUUAAAUAUAAUUCAGAGAAUGAUUUAAUUUUUACAAAUACAAUAGAUUAUUAUCAAACUAUUUCAAUGGAUUUGGAUAAUGAAUUAUUUGGAGAUUCAAACUAUCACCUUUUAAAAAUAACUUCAAAUAAAAUGAAAUCAUUAAAUGAAAAUGGAAAUGAAAAUGAAAAUCCAUUAUCAAUUUCAAUUGAUAAUAUUUUAAUUUAUAAAUUACCAAUUCAAACUAUAAGUUCAGAUUUAUAUGUAUCAAUAAAUGGUAAUGAUGAAAUUGGUAAUGGUACAAUUCAAUCACCAUUUAGAACUAUUCAAAAAGCUAUUGAUUCAAUGAAUAAUACAGAUCCAAAUCAAGAUUAUACUAUUUAUAUAAUUGGUACAACUUAUGAAUUUCAACAAGGUGAAACGGUUUUUAAUAGAGGAAAAAGAAUUAAUUUAAAAAGUUUUCAAAGUAAUGAUUAUUAUUAUUAUGAUGAUGAUAAUGAUGAUGGUAAUGUUUUAAUUGAAAUUUCAGAAGAUUAUUUUGGAUUACUUUUUGUAUCAACUUCAGUUAUAUAUCAAUUGAAUUCUAGUAUUACAGUGAUAAAUGAAACUAAUAUUCAAUGGAUAGUUAAUGAUUAUCAACAAUUGUUUAAUCAAGCAUUAUUAUUUAAUUUUCAAAGUAUUGAGUUUUCAAUUUAUAAUUUAACAUUUAAAGAUUUAAAUAAUGAUAAUCAACAAAUAAAUGAAACAUUUUCAGCAUGUCAAUAUUCAAAUUUGGCAAUAUACGGAUUAACAUUUUCAAAUGUACUAAAUCCACCAUUUCAUGGAUUUUUCAUUGGAAAUAGAGGUUCGACAAUGUCACUUUACGAUUUUUAUUUAGAAUACUUUGGUCAAUUUGGUAUUAAUAAUUUCAUUUCAAUGUUUUAUAAUAAUUUUAAAAUUGAAACUGCUGAAUUUUUUUGUUUUCAAGCAAUGUUUAUAUUCCAAGAAUCAAAUGUAACAAUUAAUAAUAUAUAUGUUAAUGGGUUUUGUCCAUUCAUAGUGGAUUUAGGUGAUAAUCAACAAUUUUCAAUUGAAAAUUCAGUAUUUACAAAUAUAACAUUAGAUGAUAAUUAUUUAAUAGCGAUUUCAGCACCUCAACUAUUGUUAGGAGGAGGAGGAGUAGAUUCAGCGAUACAGUCAAUGGUUAACCCUUCAACAGUAAUAAGUUUAAAAAAUUUAAAAAUUUUUGAUUGUCAAAUGUUAAGGUUUCUAUUAUCAGAUAUUCUUGGAUUUUUAGAAAUUGAUGGACUUCAAAUGGAUGGUAUUUUUAGUUUAACUGAAUUAUUUCGAAUUUCAAAUCCAUUUCAAAUGAAAAAUUCAAAUGUUGGUGGAAUAUAUCUACCAAGGCAAUCACUAUCACCAUUCAAUAUACCAAUUGCAAAAUUUUAUUUUUUAGAAGGUACUUUUGAAAAUGUUAUAUUUAGUGAAAUUAGUUCAAAUAUUAUUAAAUCAUUUUUAUAUUUUGAUAGUUGUAUAAUAGAAUUUUAUAAUUGUUCAUUUUUAGACUCUGAUGAUGUAUCAUUCGUUAGUUCAACACAAUCAGAGAUUGUAUUUGAUACAUUCGUUUUCUCUGGUCUUCAAAAUGGUAUUGUCUUCUAUGAAGGGAAUGGAACGAAAUUGUUUUUAAAUAAUAUUACUAUGAAGAAUAGUCAAAUUGGGUUAGCAUCGGAUAGUUCAUAUGAUAUAGUUUUAAAUAAUUCAAAAAUAAUUAACAAUGCAGCUUUAAACAUGCAAAAGUAUUCAAUACCAAUGUUCACAUGUUUAAAUGAAAUUGUCAUUGAAAAUACAUUAUUUUACAAUAAUGAAGCUUUUACAUUAAUUUCAACAUUAAAUAAUAAUUUAACAUUGGUGAAUAAUAAAUUCCAUUCAAAUGUGUAUGGUCCGUUAAUUGUUGCAAGUCAAGGUGUAUUCUAUGCAGAUCAAUUAGAGAUUGUUGGUAGUUAUUCAGCAAAUACUUACUCAAGUGCAUCAAUCUAUUUAUAUACAAUGACUUCAAUUAGUUUUAUAAAUUCAAAUUUCAUUGGUGUAUCUUGUCCAUUGAGUAUAACAUUUUCAGUGGAUACCUAUUUUGAUAAUUUAAAUUUUAUAAAUUCAACAGGUGAUACAAUUGUAAUUAAUUUAUUUUAUGUUUUGGGUACUUGGAGUAACUCAUUUAUUGAAUCACUUUCAACUUCAUUAUUAGCACCAUCUUUUAAUUAUCAAUAUUCUGGAAUUGAAUUCUCAAACGUUUCAUUCUCUUCAAUAUCUUCAUCAAAUUAUCCAUUUGGUAUAUACACUGGCUCAAUGGUUGGUUUUUAUUAUUGUAAUUUUUCACAAUCAAUGAGUGUGGUCAGUGGUGGUAUGUUAAUGUACCAAAUGAGUGAUGUUUUAUUUCAAAAUUGUAAUUUCAAUUCUAAUUCAUUAAAAGAUGCGAUUUUAGUAUCACAAUUUUCAAAUAUACAAAUGAAUGAUUGUAAUUUCAUUGAUAAUAAUGCUAUGCUGACAUCAACAGUUUCAGCACUUGAAAGUAAUUUAACAUUUACCAAUACAUUAUUCUUUGAAAAUACUUUAUCAAUAACAAUUAAUAUUACAAAUUCAAAUGUUAAUUUUAAUAAUUGUACAUUCCUAGACAACAAUUCCCCAAGUUCAAUUAUAUUAUCCAAUAGUUCAAGUAUUACAUUUAAUUCAUCGAAAAUGAGGAAUAGCAAUUCAAAGAGUUAUUCAACAUUUUCUUUAAUUCAAGAUACUGAAAGUAAUUUAAUAUUUCAAAAUUCAACAUUCUCAUCUUUAUUAUUAUUUAAUACACCGAUUUUCUUUUUAAAUGGAACUAGAAUGUCAAGUUUUAAUUCAACAUUUUCAAAUACCACAAAUUUGAAUGGUUGCGGUGGUGUUUUCUUUUUUUAUAGAUGUGAUAUACUUUUAAUUUCAAAUGAAUUUCAAUUUAAUAAUGCUCAUUUAGGUGGUGCAAUUUAUUCAAUUUAUUCAAAACUUGAAAUUUUAUAUUCAACAUUUUCAAAUUUACUUUCAACUAGUGGUUCUGCAAUAUUUAAUUAUAAAUCAAAUGUUACAUUAUCUGAAACUAUUUUUAAAGAAAAUCAAGCAAAACGAGGACCUUAUACAGAUAUUCAAGAUACAAGUUCAAUAUUUUUUAGUGGUGGUUCAAUUUUCAUUUCAAAGGAUUACUUUAAUACAAAUAAUAUUAAUGAUGGUGAUGGUGAUGGUGAUGGUGGUGAUGGUGAUGAUAAUGAUUUUAUUUUACCAAUUUAUGAAAAGAGGUAUCUUUAUUCUAGAUUUAAUAUUGAAUAUUGUCAAUUCAUUUCAAAUAGUGCAAUUAAAAAUGGUGGUGCAAUUUUUAAUAAUGAUCAAUAUUCAAAUAUUAAUAUUACAAUCUCACAAUUUUAUUAUAAUCAAGCAUAUUUAUCAGGUGGUGGUGCUAUUUAUCCAUUAUACCCAAUUACAGAGAAUAUGGUUUAUUUUUAUGGUGAUAUAGCACCAUAUGGUAAUUAUAUUGCUUCCAAUAUCUCAAGAUUAAAUAUAUCAUUAGCUCCAAAUAAUUUUGGUAUUCAAGCUUCAACUCCAUUUUUAAUUUACAUUAGUGCUAUUGAUAUUUUUGGAAAUACAAUUUAUAGUGAAAAUCCAUUAAUUUAUUAUAUUUCAUUAGAGAUAAAUGUAUAUAAUGGUAGUGGUAGUGGUGGUUAUUUAAUGAAUACAACUUUAGUGUCAAAUGCAUAUACAGGUUAUAUUAAUAGUUUUGAAAUUGAAAAUAGUAAGAGUCUUAAUGUUGGUUCUAUUUUCUCAUUCAAGGCUUCACUUACAUCAGAUCAACAAUUAAAAAAAGUCAUAACUACAACAAUAUGGAAUUCAACGAUUGUAGGUUGCCAUCAAGAUCAGUAUGUCGAUAGUAAUGGUAUUUGUCAAAUUUGUCCACCAGGUACGUCAGGUUAUAAUAGUAUAGAUUGCUUCACAUGUGCAGAUCAAUUAUAUUGCCCAGGUGGUGACGUAGUUGAAUGGGUUACUGGAUAUUGGUUUGAUAAUAGUACAACAAUUGAUAUAGGCCCACCAAUAAUUUAUUCAUGUGAUCCAACAUUAUGUAUAGACUAUACGUGUAGAGAAAAUCAUCAAGGUAUUCUUUGUGGUCAAUGUUUACCUGGCCAUUCUAAAGUUAUGAACUACUGUGUACUAUGUUUUGAUGCCCUUACUUUUUUUAACCCAUUCAUUGUAUUCUUUUUUACAGUGUUUGUAUUAAUGGUUACAAUAUUAUUACUAUUUUAUGAUAUGCCAAAUAGAUCAAUACUUUAUUCAACAUUUACAAAUAUUCAAUUCAUUAGUAUGUUGGCACAGAAAUCUUCAAAUUAUACAUUCUUUCAAAUUUUUAAUUUCCGUAUUGAUUACAUUUCUAAUUUUUGUGCAUCAAAUAAUUUAAAUUUCCUUGAAAAAUCUUUUAUUGGUUAUGGUUCGAUGUUUUUUAUAUUAUUAGUUUCAAAUAUUUUAAAAUCAACCAAUUUCAAAUUUAUUCAAAAAAUAAAAAGUAAAAUAAAUUCAACCACUACCACCACCACCACCACCACCACCACAACCACAACUAUAACGCCAAUCAAAUUAAAACCAACAUUUUUAAAUAAUUUCAUUUCAUCAUCAAUUCUAUUCUUUAUACCGAGUUGUUUAUUUGCAAUUCAAACAUUAAAUUGUGUAUUUAUAAAUGGUAUCUAUUAUUUAUACUAUGAUACAGAGAUAACUUGUUUUGAUAGUUUUGAACAUACAAUUGGAAUGGUUAUUUCUUGUUUGGUACUCGCAUAUUAUUUAAUUGUAAUCAUUUAUUAUUUAAUAAUAUUAAUUAAAAAUAAUGGUUUUAUUUGGAUAUUUCAAUUAAUUUUACAAAGAGUAUUUAAACUUCGUAAUAUUAAUAAUUAUAGUAAUAAUAGUAUAAAUCAAUCAGAUUUUGCUCAAUUAAAUUAUCGUGGUUUAAAUUCAAAAACAACAAAAACAACAAAUAAUGUAAAAUUUAAAAAAUUAAAAAAAUCAAAAAAAGAAACAAAAUUAAAAAUAAUUUAUUUUUCACAUUUUAUCAAAAGAUAUCAAUUCUUUCAAGAAUUACAAAUAAUUUUAAACUUUUUAUUUGUGGCAUCCUCAACAUUUUUAAUUCAAAGUUCUUCAAAAUCAGAGUUAAUUAUUUUAUCAUUUUUAAGUAUUUUCUUUUAUAUUCAAGUUUUAUUACAACCUUUUAAAAACAAAGAAAGAAAUUCUAUUGAAAUUUUGUUUAGUUUUAUUUUAUUAUUUGCAUCUUUAGUUAAUAACUCUAGAUUUUUUAGUACAUUUCAUAUUGGUUAUACAUUAUUAGCUUUGUCAGGCUUAGUUUUACUUUUAACAAUUUUUUACCAUUUUAAAAAAUUAAAAUUAAAAAAAAUAAAUAAAUAA